CCUAGAUACAAUCCGCUUGAUUGCAUGUGUGUGUGUGUUUAUUGUGUGUGAUUUUUUUUUUUUUACCGCAGUCGCUAAUUUCCAUAGACUAUUAUUAUUAUCGAGGAGAAAAUAUAAUAAUGUUAGUCCGGUAGAUUAGGUGUUGUAAUAGCGGCUAAUGGUCUGUGUACAUUAAUUGUUAUUAUUACUAUUAUAUCCGGUGAAGAAAAAUACAAUCGAAAAGCCAUCGCCGCCGCCGCCGUGUACGUACACCGAAUAUUCAGUUGGAAACGGCGAUCAACAAAAUGUCAUCUAAACGGGACGACAAAAAACACAGGCAUAUUUCAUCGAAACGACACGAAGAAAGUCCAGCUGUUCGUUAACAGCUAAUACUUACAGAUGAUGGUAAAAGCUCAUGAGCCAUGGAGCAUCAUGUCUCCAACUAAUGCGCCUGCUUUACCUCCGCGCAAGCUAUCUCAAACUAAUCGGCCUCAGUCAGUCGACUUAGUAACUACCAGACUGCAGAACCCGUUGCAAGAACCUACUUGUAUAGAAGAAGCAGAAUGGUAUUGGGGUGAUAUCACUAGAGACGAGGUUCAAGAAAAACUUACUGAUAUGCCAGAUGGUACAUUUCUACUUCGAAACGCGUCCAACAAGACUGGAGAGUAUACACUGACACUGCGAAAAGGAGGCACAAACAAAUUAAUAAAAAUCUACCACAAAAAUGGAAAAUAUGGAUUUUCCGAACCGUACAGUUUUUCUUCUAUAAUUGAUCUCGUGAAUCAUUAUCGCAAAGUGUCGUUAUCCCAAUAUAAUGCUACGUUGGACGUUAAACUGUUGUACCCUGUAUCGAGAUUUCAACAAGACGAAGAGUUUGGAACUUGGAAGAGUUUAAACGUAGACGUCGUAUGGAUGUGUUUAAUCGACUUGCUUAGGGAGAUUAUGAAGAAAUCAAAAUCCUACGACGAUUUGUCAGCUGCAUUUCAAACGGCAAUGGCAGAUAUAUCCGCUAAACGAGUGGGACUACAACAAUAUCAAGAGGUUAACAAAAUGUUUGAUGAGCAGUUAAAAGUCCAUGAUAAAUAUCUAAAAAAAGCAGAACGUCAUGAAGCUGACGAUUUGACAGAUAAUAUUGAGAUUGUUAAAAAACGAAUAAAGUAUUUGCACGAAAACAGAGUUGACCUUGAGGAAAAACUAUACAGACAAGUUUCCCUUAGUCAGACUUUGGAACGCCAAAUGUACCAGUUGAAACAAGAUGUAGCAGUGUUGGCUCGUCAAAAAGAAAAGUCUGUCAAAUGGCUGUUAACACACGGCGUGUCACUUGAUGCCAUUAAUCGAGUGUUGAACGGAGGCGACUGGUGGACACGCAAGCCAGAAGAAAUCGAGCUGCAGCUCAAUAUUUCUCACUUGGACGAAAAUACUUGGUUGCUUCAGUCUUGUUCUCGGGCAGAUGCCGAACGUAUGCUGACCGGCAAACGCAAUGGAACAUUUUUAAUUCGACCUAGCAGAACUGGUCAAUCGGCACUUUCUAUUGUUUGUAAUGGUGUAGUCAACCAUUGUAUAGUAUACAGAACGCCAAAAGGUUUUGGUUUCGCAGAGCCAUAUAAUAUCUAUUCGUCUCUAAAAGAUCUAGUCCUACAUUAUUCUCAAACGUCCUUGGAGGAACACAAUGAUUCUCUGACCACUACUUUAGCAUACCCCGUGUUGGCUGAAAAUGACAAAAAAUAAUUAAUUAAGUAGUAUUACCAAACAGUGAGCAUAAUAUUUAUGUAUUUUGGUGAUGAACAUUUUGUGAUAAUAAUUACCUUUUUUUUUUUUUUAAAUAUUAAUUAUUUAUUAGUGUUAACGAGUUAUAAAAUUAAGAAGCAAUAUUUUUCUUAUAAGUGUGCAUUUAUUAAGACAUAUUAUUAUUGAUGAAAUUAUAUUUUAACUUGUUUGUAUAAAUAAUGCCAACUUGUUUUCUUUUGUGUCCAA